GUGAGAAGCACUCAGGAGAAAUCAGUCGCACAGCAAUCGCGUUCGAGGCAGGGCUCUUCCUCUCACACGCGGCCGACUAACAGCCAAGCUGACUUGCCCAUCCAACUCGCUACAGCCAGUCAUCCAGUCAACUUCCCAGCUCACGCUGUGGGUUAUUCCUCCCGUAUUUAUCAGAUAGAGCACUGAGAUGUUUUUCUGCAGAGCGGCCUGGCAAAGAUUUGGGCCUUUGGCACGGAAAACAGCCUACAGGUUAUCUAGAGAUGUGGUUCCUAGGCGUCAGAUGUCAUCGAUCCCUGGUGGAACUGGGGAGAACAUUAUUUAUGCUCUCCUUUGUGGUGGGGCCUUCGCUGGAUCAGUCACCUAUGCUUACAGUACUGUGACGUCAGACCACGAACGAUUCAACGACCGCGUGGCUGAAAUAAACGCGAGACCCAAGACAGAGUGGACACCCAAACCAUGGCCCCCAAAGAGCAGGGAUGGAGAGGAGGAAGAGGAGGGUGAGGGUGCCGAGGAAGAAGCUGAGGUUGCUGAGGAAGAAGGUGAGGCGGCCGCAGACGAGGCUGGAGGGGAGGAGGCUGAGGCUGCUGCCGAGGCUGAAAGUGAGGCUGAGCCUGCAGAAGAGGUCGUCGAACCAGCAGCUGAGGAAGCGGAAGCCGCUGUGGAGGCGGAGCCUGCCGCUGAGGCGGAGCCUGCCGCUGAGGCGGAGCCUGCCGCUGAGGCGGAGCCUGCCGCUGAGGCGGAGCCUGCCGUCGAGGCGGAGCCUGCCGCCGAAGCGGAGCCAGUCGCCGAGGCGGAGCCUGUAGCAGUUGAGGCCGAGGCAGCACCAGCAUUGGAGGCGGAACCGGCAGCAGCAGAGACUGUGGUGGAGGAGAUCGCAGCUGCGGUGGCCGAGACCGCUGAGGUAGUCGCUGAAGUCGCAGAGGUAGUCGUUGAGGCAGCCCAGGAGGUGGAGGCAGCAGCAGAGGAAGUAAUCAAAGUGGCCGAGGCCGUGGAGGUGGCGGCGGAGGCUAUCGCCGCCCCCGUUGUUGCAGAGGAGACAGUUGCUGCUGCAGCUGAGCCGGAGGCAGAGAGCAAUGUGGCCAAUGUGGACCUGCUUGCAGCCGCCUCGUCCAUUGAGGUGAAGACUGUUGAGCAAGUUGAAGCUGUCAUACCAGUGGAAAGUGUUGUUGUGGAAGAGGCCAAGGAGGUUGCACCAGUAGAGAACGAAGCACCAGUGGAGGCCACGCCUGUGGAGGUUGUCCCAGUAGAAGCUGCCCCAGAGGCCGAAACAACAGUGGAGGCUGCCCCAGUGGAGGCUGCCCCAGUGGAGGAGGCACCUGUGGAGGCUGUCCCAGUGGAGGAGGCACCUGUGGAGGCUGUCCCAGUGGAAGCUGCCCCAGUGGAGGAGGCACUGGUUGAGGCUGCAGCAGCUGAAGCACCAGCAGAGGCCCCAGCUGCCCCAGCAGAAGAGGCCCCAGCUGCCCCAGCAGAAGAGGCCCCAGCUGCCCCAGUAGAAGUUCCCCUUGUAGUUGUUGAGGAUGCACCAUCAGUAGAAGUUGCCCCAGCGGUUGAAGCCCCAGUAGAAGUUGCCCCAGUGGUUGAAGCCCCAGCAGUUGAAGCCCCAGCAGAAGUUUGCCCAGCAAUUGAAGACCCAGUAGAUGUUUCUUCAGUCAUUGAAGAGGCAGCGGCAACACUGCUAGUAGAAGCACCAGCUCCAGCAGUUGUGGAAGUAGCAGCAGAAGCUGCACCUGAGGAAGCCUCUGUCUCAGAGCCCAAGAAAGAGUACAUUGUGGUGGUACUGGAGGGAGCAGCCAAAUCUGACAAGAGGCCCAAAGUCCUGGGAGUCGGACCCAUGACUGGAAGGAUCAUCCCAGCCCCAGAGGAAGAUGAAGCCCCGGCUGCUGAGGUAACAGGGCAAGCGGCGGCUGCUUAGGAUGCAAAUGCAGUAGCUCCAGCUGUGAGAAAUCUCCUGGAUCUCUCAUCUAGUGAAAUAUUUCCCCCAAGGAAGAGAAGAGGAUGUGCCUUUCCCCAACCUCCCUCCAAUCGCAGACCCCUCUCCUCAACACCCCUUACCUUUUUCCCUGUAUCUGUAGUUUCAAACUUGUCAUCUCCCCAUCUCACUCCAGGGAUUUGUCUGUACAUGUAUGUUAGUCAUGUGAUGCCUGCUUUAUGAAACAACCACCUAGAGAAUUUUUUGGAUAUACACUCCUGUUCCUUUUACAGUUGCCUAAAUGUAAAACUCUAGUUCGUUUACGAACCAUUGGCAAUUGGCUUACAUGGCUUACUACACAAGACAACCUGUGACACUGCAUACACAUAUUGGUAUAUAUUCUCCUCCCUUAAGGCACACAAUUUGUGUUUUUACCUGGUUACAACUGUGAAGGGUAAGGUUGUCUUCUCAACGGUCGUUUCCCAAACUCUGUCCUAGUUUACUACACCUCAGAGACCUCACUGUAAAGCACUGCAAUGGUGUCUGCUUUUUCAGCACCAAAUGCAGUGGUACACAUUUCCCAGCCUAUCACUCAUAUACCACCUUGCAAUAGCGAGGCUUGUAUUUGUGUGUGACCAGCAUCCUUGAACAAACCUGUUAUUCCUCAGGUCAAAUUAGUUUUAAUGUAAAAAUCACAAGUAUUUCAGCUUUAAAGCUAAAGUGGUCUGACACACUUUUUAAUUAAACCUCACUUUACAAACUUUACAGGGGUCUUUCUUGCGGAACGUUACUCAGUAGGCUACCUCACUACCUCACUUGUUCUUUGUUGUACCCUUUGGAGAACUUCACUUGAAUAUGCCAGUGUUACAGACAGCAUCACAAACCAAAUUUGCUAGGUUGACUCCAUAGUUUAUGAAGUCACAGCUGAAUAACCAACCCUGUUUGUGUCCUAACACUAGAACUGCAUCACCUCUUAAGAUUUCAUAAGGCAGACAUUUUUAUCUCUUUACCUUCUCCCUCCCAUAGUUGCUGUUUUCCCAUUGAUUGACACCAUUGCAGGAGUCUAUAAAUGUUUUCCCAAACUAUACCCACAGAUUGUCCCCUGGAUUGUUACUGGAGUAACAUCUACAAGAAAAUAUGGAUCACUUGAGCAAGUUUUGGACUGCACAUGAUGGGUUUUAGCUUAGUACCACCUGUUAUGUGAACUUUGGUGAAUCUGUCAAAAGAGGCACUCAAAUGAUCCCAUUGGUGUCUAAGUCUGUUGUUUCAGUGUGCCAUCAUUGGUGAUGUUUUGCAAAAGUGGCUCACAGGAAGUGGUUUAUGGUAAUGAGUAUUGGAAAAGGGAGAUUGAAGGCUGACGAACCUAAUAGCUCAAUUUGAUCUAGAAUUUCCAAAUAAGUAUUUGUACUUAUCAGAGAAUCCAUAGAGUAAUGUACUGUUUGACAAAAUCGUUUUCUCUUAGCUUCACUCACUCGUUAUAUUUAAUUGUUUUCUGUUUUAGUCAUAUUUAAAAAGGGACCGAGAUGUUGAAACGAAUGUAAGCUUAUUCCUAAUUAAUCAAGAUUGUCCAACGUCUGCCUUCAUGUUUGCAGACAGAUUUUAUAAUAGUGGUUUGUUCUGCUCUGUGAAUGGAUGAAUUGGCAGUGGUCUAAUUAAGGCCAGAAACUGUGACUGACUGUGACACAUUGCUGUUUUUGUGAAAUAAAGAGGCAAUACUAAA